AUGGCCUCCCUAGGCCUGGAAUAUCUGGAAUCGGAUCCAGAUUCCGACCCAGAGAUUGUUCCCGAGUCCCCACUUGCUACGCCAAUCACCGAGUCUCGAUCUCCUGCUGCGCCAAUCACCGAGUCCCCACUUGCUAUGCCAACACUAAGCUUUACGUUCCCCCUUUCCGCCGACAGAUCGGACAUACCAUACACCAGAGGAAGGGGUCGAAGCUAUCAAUUCCUUCGCACGUCCCCAUGGCUAUGCCGUCACAACACGACGUUCAAAGUUUACACAGAAGGGCAAGGGUAUCAAGAAAACUGUCUUCCUUUGCUGUGA